AUGAGAUGGCGUCGCUGGCUGCCGCCAUGCGUCGCCGCGGCCACGCUCCUGCUGCAGGCAGUCCUCCACACGCGUGCGAUCGGCAGCACGCUGAGCAUGGCCGGCGGCGACGGCAGCAGGCAGCAGCGGAGUCAGCCUCGCCGGGACUGGGAGAGCCGCACGCUCCACGAAAGCGGGCCUCGGGCAACGACGGUGGAUGUCGUCCUGCUGAGCGAGGCCUACACUCGCGCGGACCACUUCUUCGCGGACGCAGACCGUGCCACGCGAAGCUACUUUUCGGCCCGCGGCGCCACAUUUUUUGGCGUGAGUGCCCUCAUCAACGUCCACGCCGUCUAUCUCAGGUCAGCCGCGAGCAAAAUCGGCCGAGGCGGCCCCGCCGAUACGGCCUUCCGCUGCUACCGCGCUCGCGACGAGCCGCUGCGCGCGAUCCUCGACUCAAACGUGACACUGCCUCGUGCUCGCGCCGCUUGCCGCGAGGCGCUGGGCUGCCCGGGCUGCGACUUUUUGGUGCUGCUCGUCAACGAGCCCCUCUACGGCGGCAUGGCGGCGGAGGGGGUGACGAUGAUCACAAACUCGCCGACGAGCGGCGCCAUCUCGGCGCGGCACGAGCUCGCUCACGCGCUCGCGGACCUUGGCGAGGAGUACGACGGAGGCGGCGACUACUCGGGCGACAACUUUGCGGAGACGGCCCGGCUGUGCGAGCGCGACGAGGGUCCGCGACGCCGUGGCCGACGGCUGGUGUGGCCGUGCGUGCCUUGGUCGGCCUGGCUGCCUCCGCCGCUCGAGCGGCAGUCUGCGUGGCGCGAGGCGAGCGGUGCCAGCUCCACCCUGCUGCACAUUGACCACCCGUGGCGCGUGCUCGGCGCCGAAGCGCCCUACAGAGUGUCGUUCCACGAGCUGCGCAUCUCGUGGUCGGUUUCCGGCGUCGCCCACCCCGAGGACGUGGCGCUGAGCCUCGACGGCGCCCCGACGGCCACCAAGCUGCGGCUGCAGCAGGACCGCCAGUUCCUCCGCCUCGAGACGAGCGACGCCGCCGCCCUCUCCGCCGGCAAGCACAGCCUCGUCUUCGCCGCCGCCCGCGCCGCCCGACCCACCCUCUGCCACAUCAUGGUGCACGCCUUUGCGCGCGGCUUUGGCGGCGCGGACGGCGGCGACCGAACCCGCGGCGCCGUCGGCAUCUUCCCGGUCUUCAGCCGCGCCGGCCGGCGAAUCGGCUACCGCCCGACGCAGGCGACGGGGCUUCGGCUAGUGGUGGUGGCGCUCUCUCGGCGUCGGCCAAGCCGCCGUCUUCGCCCCGCUCCCCCGCAGGACUCGUGCUUGAUGCGGGAGAUGCUCUCCUCCACGCUCUGCCCAAUCUGCACCGAGGCGCUCUGGCGCAACCUCCUCUCCUCGGCGGGCGCCGCCGCCUCGCGCAUCUCCCUCCUGCACUGGGUGCGCCUCUCCUCCGCGAGGCGAGGCGGCCGCCCCUCCGCCGCGCAGACUCGCAUCGAGGCGGCCGUGGCGCCGCUCGGCGCCUUCCGCCGCGCGCGCGUGCCGACGGAAAGACUGCGCGUGCGGCUCUUCCCGCACGGGGACGGCGCGGCGGGCGAGGGCGUGGACAUGCCGCAGAGCGGGUCGCAGCGCGCGGGCGGCGGCGAUGGCGCGACGGCCGUCGAGCUGCUCGUGCCGAGGAUGUCUGCGCCGGCGCGCGAGCGGUGCUGGCGGGUGGCGGUGGAGGUGUCGACGGCGGAGGUUCGCUCCUUCGCCGUGCAGUCGGAGCUCUGCUUCUGCGAGGCAGAGGCGGGGCUCGAGUACGGCGAGUACGGCCUGCAGGACGUGUCGCGGGAGGCGAGGUGCGUGCCGUGCGGCGGCAGUGGGGCUGCGCGGGUGCGGCACGAGUGCCCCCUCUCCGAGGAGGCGGGGGCGGCCUCCUUUGGAGACGCCUCUCUCGCGGAUCGCGAGUGCACAGUGCCGCUCCUCCUCGCAUGA